AUGUACAUGAUUCUGAUAACGCUGGCACUGGGUGCCUUCAUGAUCUGGUGGCUGUUUAGACCGGAGAAGAGACUGAGGGAGAUGGGCAACAAGAUCCCAGGCCCAAAGGCUUACCCAAUAGUUGGCAAUAUCUUCAACUUCAACCUUUACGGCAUAAAUGGUCCAAAGGAUUGGAAAGAGUGUAUAGAGAAAUAUGGACCCACGUUUCGUGUUUGGCUCGGUCCACAACUUCACAUAAUCAUUGCAGAGCCGGAAGACAUUCAAGCACUAAGCAGUAAAACAUUAAUCACCAAGUCUGAUGCUUACUCUGCGUUACAACCUUGGCUUGGAACAGGGCUUCUUCUCAGUACAGGUGAACUGUGGCAAAGGAGGAGGAAAGCCAUCACCCCGACUUUUCAUUUCAAAAUACUCGACCAAUUUGUGCCGACAUUCAGCAAAUGCGCCAAUACUCUCCUGAAGGUCCUCAAGGACAAAGUCGGGAAAGGAUUCUUCCCAUUGACACACAUUAUAUCAGAUUGCGCUCUCGAUUCAGUUGCGGAAACUGUUAUGGGGACUGAAUUAAAUGCUAUGACAAAUCCAAUAGGAGAGUAUCCAACAGCUAUAGAAAGAAUGACCUUAUUAUUGAUGGAAAAAAUAAAAAAUCCUUUACUUGGGAUGGAACCACAUUAUACGCUGUCUGGUCGCCGGAAGAAGGAAAAACAUCUUCUAAAUAUUCUCUUUUCUCUACCAUUAGAAGUAAUCAGGAAGAAGGAGAUCGAAAAUAUUGAUGUUAGAGAUGAUUCGGAUGCAAGUGGAGAUGCAGUAUUAGGAGUGAAGCGCAAAGCAGCUUUAUUAGAACUUCUUCUUAAAAUGAAACGUGAUAAGGUACCUGCUUUUCAAACUGAGAAAGAUGUUAAGGAUGAGGUGAUAACUUUUAUGUUUGAGGGUCAUGACACAACAACUUCUUCUUUAACUUUUGCAAUCUGGAUUCUCGGAAAACAUCAGGAUGUUCAGGAAGAAGUAUAUCGCGAAGUGUCAGAAAUUUUAGUGGGACAGGAACCCACAUAUGAAGACUUUCAAAAAAUGACUUACUUGGAUCGAGUUCUAAAAGAAUCGAUGAGGCUUUACCCUGCAGUGCCGAUUGUAGCAAGGCAGGCGACUCAUGAUGUCGUGCUUCCUCAUAAUGGAUAUACAAUUCCGAAAGGGGCAUACUUAAAUGUCAUGAUCUAUCCACUACACAGAAGGGAAGAUCUUUUCCCCGAUUCAGAAAAGUUCAACCCAGACAGGCACUUGAAACCACAUAAGCAUGCUUAUGCAUACAUACCUUUCUCAGCCGGACCCAGAAACUGUAUAGGUCAAAAAUUUGCCAUGCUGAAUAUGAAGGUUAUUAUAUCGAGUUUGCUACUAAGUUAUAAGAUAGAAUCAAACGAUGACUUGAUAGUUUACCCAGAACUUCUUUUACGUACAAAGAAGGGACCAUAUAUCCGCCUCACUCCACGAAAUUAA